GUCAAUGUGAAAAUGGCGUCCAAUGAUGAGGACUUGUGUACCAGCCACGCAGAUUUCGCCGUAAUAUGUUCUUUUGUCGAGAAAUUUGGAGAGAAGCUAGGGUUAACUCUUCCCAACAUAGGCGAGCUCCAAAGUUCACUAGAAGACACAGAUAACGUAAGUCCCAUUGUCUCACAAUGUGUGAGUCAGCUUCUUAGACGCAUCAACAAGUCUGUCAAGUUGGAUCGCUGGGAAAGGGGUCUCCAAAGGUUUGCACACUCCUACUCUCAUCAAGAUGGUUGGGAACUGGAACGCUUUGGUUUCAAGAAAGCUAAGCUGGAAGUUAAGAUUCGUGUUUUAAAGACUCUCCUUGAGGCACAGUUUGAUCUCUACAAAAGUUUCAAGGAUAAGGUAAAUUCACUUAGUGCAAAUGAAUUACGUCUUCAGCCAUGUGGACGGGACAAGAAAGGUGUUUCCUAUUGGUGCCAGCUGGAUGAGUGUGCCAAUCUGCGGGUGUACUCUGAUGACCAGGAUGAGGAGACGUGGACCCUUGUGGCUAGCACAAGGGAGGAGCUGGUGACUCUGAUUGCAGAGCUAGAGUCAGAGUCUCCACCUGGAGCCAGCAGAGAAAUGUCAGUUGAAGGCAGCCACAGUGGCACAGUUACUCCUAUGGGACUAAGUGAAGCCCCAACACCCGUGGAUAGUAAAGCUCCAACCCCCGUGGGCAGUAAAGCUCCCACUCCUGUUCCUAGUGGACGAACUUCACCUGUUAUUGACACAGGCCAGGAUAAAGAGAAUGAGAAAAAAGACAGAGUUGAUGAGAAAAAGAUAUUAACGAAAGAAGUGGAGGAGGAGUCAGAAGAGAGAGUUACACAGAAAUUGGAAGUAGAGAAGGAAAUGUCAGAUGUGGGGAAUGAAACUAUUGUAGAUACUGAGUGCAAAUUAGGAAAAGAAAAGAUAUCAGAAGAGGUGUUGGAUGUGAAGGCUAAAGACAAAGAGGUGCUAGAUGUGUCUCUGUCUGAGGCACCAAAAGAAGACUUUAAUAAGUCAGAGAAAAGUUCCACAAAACUUCCACCAACCUUGGAGGAAGUAGAGGAAAAGCAGAUUAGGAAAGAAGCUAAAAUGCAAGAGUUUAGCUUGAAGGAUGAAGGGAAAAGUACACAAUUAACACAUAAAGCUGAAGAGAAGAUGGAUAAUAAAACUGAAGAGAAAAAGAUGGACAAUAAAUCUGAAAAUAAUAAGGUGGACAAUAAAACUGAAGAGAAAAAGGUGGACAAUAAAACUGAAGAGAAAAAGGUGGACACAGUGACUAAUAUGGAAAUAGAAAAUGAAGCAGUUUUUGAAAAGGUGGGACAGGUAGCUGAGAAGGUGAAGUUGAAAAUGGAAGAGGAAGCAGAUAAAGGGAAAAAGAAAAUUGAAUCCCCUAGUGAAACAGAGAAGUCUGAAAAGGAAAAUAGUACCAAGGAGAUCAGUUUAAAGGCUGAAAUAGUAGAAAGCACUAUUGAAAAAACAGAGAUGAAAACUGAAGUAGAGAAGGAAACUGAAAUAUCACAAAAUGCUGAUGAGAAAAUUGACAAGAAGAAUGAAGGAGAAAGAGCUGAAGUAUCAGAAAAAGCUGCAAAGGAAACAGACAAGGUGAAGAGUGAAGGAGAAAAGAAAGUAGAAAUAGCUGAAAACUGUGAUGCAAAAGCAGACAAGGUUAUGAAUGAAGGAGAGAAGAAACCUGAAAUAUUAGAAAACAGUGAUAAGAAAAUAGACCAGGUUAAAAGGGAAGAAGAGAAGAAAGAAGAAACUGCAGGAGGUACCGACAUGAAACAAGACAAAGUUGAAGGUGAAGGAGAGCAUAAAGCUGAAACCAUAGAGAAAAAGGUUUCUAACAGCCAGGAGAAUGAGGAGAGUGAAAAACAUAUUAAUAAAUCAAAGAAAAAGGGUGAAGACAAAGAAGGGAAAGGAGAGACAUCUAAAGGACAGGUAGAACAAACAGGUAGAAUAGAGGCUGAGGGCACUCAGUCUCAGAAAGGGUUGCAGGUUGAGCAACAAAAAUCUGGCUGUGCAGAAAAUGUGAUGGAAGGUAAAGAGAAGAAAGCAGAUGAAGGGAUAUAUAGUAAGAAGGGCGGAAAAUUGCCAGAGCCCAUGGAGGUGGAUGAUGAUACUAAAGGGCUAUGCCUUGAUAUUGCUGCUAAGAAGACCAUGCUUGUUCGUGAAAGAGGUUCUCAGGAUGGACCUGAAAGCAAAGGCCCCAGGUUUGGCUCAACAGAAAGAACAGAACCUAAAAAGAAGGAGAGCGUUUGGGACAAGCUGAAUAAAAUGAAGGAAAAGGGUGAAGCAAAGGCUGAAGAUGCAGGAGAGAAAAAGGUGGAAGCUAUUUCAUGUUUGCCUCCUUGUGCAGAUAAACUUCCCAAAGAAGAAAAGCAAGAGCAGCCAUCACAUAACAUUCCCAAAGAGGACUCAAAAACAAAGCCAUCCACCAAUGCUUUCUCCUUUCAGCGUGCUUGGGAAGACAAAACCACAAGUAAACCUGCUCCUUCAGUUCCAUCUGAAUCUGGUGUUGCUCCCUCAAGGCAGCAGCAGGCUCCAAAGUUGAUGAGCAUUGAGUCACUAGUUGGUCCUUCUACCAGGUUGCCUAGCUCCUCUGUUUCCCAGCCUGUCCCAGCUGUCAUCCGAUCCUCCACAGCAGGGCUGCCAGCCACUACUAAAGAUGACACUACUGAACCACCACUGAAAAAGUUUAAAUUUUCUGACAUGUCAUCAUUGGAAUCUCACUCAGAAUCUCGUUCAUCAGACUCAUCUUCCCGAGAGGCACCCCCAUCUGAUGCACCACUACCACCAUUACCCCAGGCAGCUAAAGAAGGAAAAGAUUGUACCAUACAGAAAGAGAAAAGAAAUGAGAAAGUUGAAAGUUUACCUGGAGGCAAAGCUAGAGAUACUAGAAAAGAUGAAAAAGUUGAACAUUUACCUCCAGUCAAAUCUGCACAAUCUGAGGAAAAGGAUCAUCAGAAAGAAAAGGAUACAAAGUCAUCAACACAGCCAGAAAAUCUUGCACAAGAUAAAUCUGACAAGGGAAGUAGUUACUCUAAAGAUGAGGGAAAUAAGGAAGCUAGUGAGAACUCUUCUCAUGCUGAAGAUAAGAUGACGAAGCAGAAGGAAGAGGAGAGCAUGGAAAUAAAUAAAAUCAAGAGCAAGGACCACACUCCUACCACAGAGAUAACAUCAAAGGCAGAUACACACAUUCCAGACAAGGCAGACAAAAUAGCAGAUGCUACAACAGUAUCAGAUGGAGACAGCAAAAUGGUCUGCCAGGAUGGUGACAGUUCAAAAUCCUCUAUGCAUAAGUCAAAUGAGAACCCACCCUUAGAUGCAAAAGAAGAUUGUGGUAAUGAAACAAUUGAAGAACCAGUGAUGUUAAUCAAAGGUGAUGGAGAAGGGGCAGCUUGUGAGGCAGGUAAUGAUCCAUACCAUACUGUAGAGCCAUGGUGGGAAUAUUUUGAUGAGAAUGAUAGCACCAAGGGUUCAGUAGGAGAAACAAUUGAGGAAGAUGUCAUGUACUUCUGGGGAGAAGGUGCAGGUGCUGAAUGUGAGGCUGGAAAUAAUGGUGAUGAAACUGAAACCAACUCAGAUGCAAACAAGCAAGGGGAGGGGGGAGGGAGUGGAGGAACUGUUGCAACAGAAGGCCAGAGAAAUACUAGUGCUGCUGAGCUGAAGCCCUCUAAGGAAGUGGAGGAUGUUAAGCCUGAUGGUGAAGUUAAGGCUGUGGAUGGAGUGUGUGAAGGGGAUGAGGCUAAAGUAAAUGGUCUUAGGACUGUGGAAUCAGUGGAGAAAACAGAGAAAUCCACAUCUCAGGAAGAUCCAUCAGAGGGCCUUGCUGAUACUAGGCAUGCUAGUGUGAAUGGGAAGAAGGUGAACGAGGAAAACUCUGUGGGUGAUGAGCAUCGUGAUGGAUUACCAGUGAAGGUUACUAGUCCUGGUUGUGAGAAAGUGAAAGAGGAGAAAAAGGAAGAAAAUGCUGAACAAAUUCUUGAUGGAACGCAGGACUCCAAAAAUUGUAAAGCAAAUAUUAGUGGUGAUGUGAAGGUGGAAGGUGAUGAAGUGAAGUCAAGUAAAGUAGGGAAGGAAGAAGGGAAAAUCAAAAAGGAAACUGUGAAGGAUAAAAGUGGUUCAGAAGGAGAGGAAGAUGAGGUAGAGGAAGAGGAAAUGGAAGAGGAGGAGGAAGUUGAGGCAGAAGAGGAGGAGGAAGAGGAGGAGGAGGAAGAGGAAAUGGAGGAUGAAGAGAAUGAAGAUGAGGAAGAGGAAAGGAGUAGAAAGAAAAGUAAAGGGAAAAAAGAGUCAUCCCACAGGAGAAAACAAGAUCAGCAUGACUCAGCAGUUGGCCAACAGGGUGCUAAGCGGGGUCGGGGCCGUCCACACAAGAGAAGCGUAGAGCAGCAAGAAAGCGACCAAGAGGAGGAUGAGGAGGACGAGAAUGAUCCAAAUGAGGACAACGAUGAGCCGGAGGGAGAUGAGAGAGAGUCCGGCCAUGCUGCACCCCCUGCCAAGAAGCGGCGGCAGCGUGGCAAGGGCAGCACUGCCAGACCCUUGCCAGAUGUGCCAAGGCAGAAAUCUGCACGUAUUGCCAAAAUCCGAGAGAAGGAGGAGCAGGAGAGAAGAGAGCUGGAGGCAAUCAGACUGAAGCAGUUGGCAGAGGAGAAUCGCAUGCGUGAGAUCAAAAGGAAGGCCCGAGAGGAGAGGAGGUCUCAGAGAGAAAUGAAGAAAGGAAGACGUGAGAAGAAAGAAAAAAAGGACAGAGAGAAAAAGAAGCGGAAAAAAAAGAAACGCGGAAAAAAGAAGAAAACUUCAAAUGAUCCUUGGGCCCACUCUUCUACAUCCUCCAGUUCCAGUUCAGAGGAGGAAGAGGAAGAUCUAGAGGAAGAUGAGGAAGAUGAAAAGCUUGUGUUCAAGAGUGAUCAUGAGUUCUCUCCAGAGUCAGACAUUGAGGAGGAUGCACAGCCCAUCAAGAGGGCUCGCACUGCUAAGAAAUUAACAAGUGAAAGUGAGGUGGAAGAGGAAGGUGAUGAGGAAGAGGAAGAGGAGGAAGAUGAGACACAGUGCACCAAGUGUGGUCAUGAUGAUCACCCAGAGACCAUCCUGUUGUGUGACAACUGUGAUGCUGGCUGGCACUUGUCAUGUCUGAGGCCUCCCCUCCUCAGUGUACCAGAAGGGGAUUGGGUGUGCCCAACUUGUGAACAUGUACUGCUGGUUAACAAGCUUCGGACCUUGCUUCAAGAGUUUGAUGAAUGCCAGAAGAGAGCACAGAAUGAGGAACUGCGGCGGCAGAGGCUCGCCUAUGUCAAUGUGUCUUUGUCAAAUGUAUUACCUGAAGGAAAGAAGAAAAAGAAGCAUAGAGAUGGUGAAGAGUACGAUGAUGACGAAAAUGAAUCUGAUUCAGACUCUGAUGAUGACUCUGACAGUGAAAGUGAUGAUAGCAGUGAUUCUUCAAGUCAGUCAUCAUCAGAUUCUACCGCACCUUUAUAUACCUUAAGAGCUCGCAGUGCACGCACUCUCAAAGAACAAGUUGAAAACUUUGAUGAAAUGAUUAAUGAGGCAAUAAGGGAUGAAAUGGAAGCUGCAGCAGGAGCUGGGAAUGCAGGCAGAGGUAAAGAUAUUGAAAACAUCAUGCAAGCAAAUGAAGAAGAAAUGGUAGAAAAUGAAGGGUUGUUUGAGGUGGAGGAGGAAGUGGGUGAGCAAGAAGACAAGGAAAGUAAAGAAGUUGAACCUCCUGUUUCAAAAGAGGAAUGUGAAGGAAAGAGAGAAAGAGAGAAGGAUGAAGAUGAAGAUGAAGAUGAAGUUGCUCCUAAAAGAAAAAAAUCAAAGCCAACAGAAGAAGGCAGUGGUGAUGAUGACAACUACAGAGUGAGUGAAGAGGAGCAGGCAGAUUCUGAUUCAGAGGAAGACAUCAAAAUAUCAAGAAGACCGUACGUGUCUGUCUCCAUCAAGAAGCGACGGAGACUCACUGACCUGGACGCCGAAGAUGAUGAUGAUGCCAGUGAUGAAGAUUUCAUGAACUCAAGUGAAGAGGAAGAAGAUGAAACGGAAGAGUCCUUAGAGUCUUCUUCCUCCAUCACAACUGACCUGGAGAGUGAUGACUCAGACGUUGUUGAUAUGAAACGCCGCCGAAGUGGCCGAUAUGAACAUUUACCUUUGCGCCGAUCAGCACGCAACAGAAGAGGCCGCUUUGGGGAUGAAGACAGUGAAAAUGAAGAACGAAUUUACAAAAGACAAAAGAACAAAAAGAAGAAAAAGCAUAAGCACAGCUCAAGUGAGGAGGAGGAAGAGAGUUCAGACAGUGAUGGAAGUUACAGAAAGAAAAAAGUGAGACGGAGAAAGAAGCCACCCUUGAAGCUUCGGGGCAAGAGAGGCAGCAAAGGCAAAAGCAGAAAGAAAAUAGCUAAGGCAAAACCCAAACCCAAGAAGGAGGCAAGUGGAGAUGGUGGAGAGAAUAAAAAGCCUGCAAAACCAAGAAUAAAAUAUGCAAAACCACCAAAAUCUAAGCAAGAUGAUGAAGAAGAAGAAGUGUCUCAACGUCGAGUGACACGAGGAAGACAGGUCAACUACUAUGAUGCUCUCAUGAUGUCUGAUGAAACUGAGGAGGAGGAGCCAAAGAAGAAAUGGAGAGGAAAAGUGAUGAAAGGGGAGAGAGUGCCAACAGAGAGCAGUGAAUACGAAGCCUCUGAUGAUGAACGGAUGAAACGCCGAGGAGUAAGUGGAGGGCUUGGAAAAGGCAAAGUCAUGAAAGGGGAGGAAGAAGAUGAAGAAAGGUUUGAAAAAGGCAAGAAAAAACGAGGUCGGCCAAAGAAAGCAGAAGAGCUUCUUGGCAAACCUUCCAUUAUUAAAGUAGCUGCCAUGGACACCACUCCGGCUCCAGCAGCUCGUCCUGUGCAGUCCCUCCCUACUGUAUCAUUACCUGUUACAAAGAUUGACACUGUUGCACCUGUAAUACCUACAGUUACACAAACUGCAGUUACCUCUACCCCUCCUGUGCAAGUUACACCCUCUAUACUAUCUGUAGCCAUAACUUCUCCAACCACUGGGGUGCCCACACCACCUGCUACAGCACUUCCUAUUUCUGCUGACUCACCUUCACACAAUACUCCAGAACCAGCUGCUAGUACUCCACCCACCACACCAGCACCUGCUGCACCCAGCAAAGCUCUGCCAGCUACCAUUACUCCAGCAGCAGCCAAUAUAGGAAGCAGCAGCCCAAUACAUCAACCUGUAGGGAAGUGGUCACCUCAUUUAUCUGGAGUUGGAGGGACUCCUAGCACACCACCUAGAUCUGGAGGUGCCCCAGGGGCUGCCACUCCUCCACGUCCUGGUCUCCCUCCUGCACCGGUUACUGCCUCACCUCCACCUCCAUAUCGAUCAUCUCCAUUGCCAAUGACUCAAGGUGGACCAGGCAUUCCCCCAUGCAGCUCGGCCCCCAGUAACAUCACACAGGGUGGUCCUCCUCCAACUACAUCUGCUUUAUCUCAAGUUUAUGCACCUUAUAGACCACCACCACCAGAACAUUUUCCUGCCCAUCCAGCAUUUCCUGGCUAUGCACCCCCUGGUAGACACUCCCCAAGUCCCCACACAACUCGUCAUCCCGCCCAUCUUCCCCCCGGUCACCCACUUCCCCGUAUGCCUCCAAGCUAUGGCCCUCCUCCCCUUACAAGUGUACCUGGCCAAGGGCCAUAUCCCUCCAGAGGAAUUUCAUCACAUCCAGGAGUAUUACGAGGGCCUCCACAUGAAUUAUAUAGGGCACCCCCAGGAGGUCUCCCAGGACAUGGCUCCCCCAGUCAUCCAGGUCAUCCUCAUCUCAUCAUGAAACCUAGUUAUCCAGGACUGGAACCACUACCUUACUCAGGCUCUCCGGGGCCAAGUCCUCUCAGUCUACAUCAAGGCUCCCAGGGCUCACCAGCACAUCAUUCAGCCAGUGAAGAUAGUAAAGAGGAAAUGCAUCCUUCAGGCAAGGGUCCUGGAGAGUUCAGCAGUGGCCUCAUGUCCUACUUCUCAAGCCAGCGUGAUGAUGACAUUGAGUGACAAGAAGCAACGUGUGGGUUGGACUUGUAAAAGUGGCAGUUUAAUGAACUUGUAUUUACUCCCUAAUAUUUUUGUAUUCUCAUUUUGUAAGGUCUUGAACAGAACUGCAUGUUACAUGUUGACAUAAUCUGUAUGCAGCAGGUCAAAAUAGCAGAAAAUAAUUUGUUCUUUCAGGUCUCAUCUGCAGUAGGAAUGUGAAUUUUUUUGGGUUCAAGCACAAAUUGGUUAUCUUACUGUUGAGAUUUGGAGACCAAUCACAUACCUGACAUAAAUUAUUAGAGAGCAGAGAUAUUUUAGAUAUGAUUUUAUUCCUUAUGUGUUGUAGUGCUGUACAUAAGCUUUUUGUAUUUCCUUAAGAGGAUUCUGUAAAAUAAUGUGCAAAGUUACAAAGCUAUAAUAAAACUUAAAUAAAUGUAA